AUGGAAACGAUUACUUACAUGCUCAGCGGAGGUAUGGCUCACGAAGAUUUCACGGGGUCCCAGGGAUUGCUCUUCCCCGGUGACCUCCAGUUUAUGACUGCGGGGAGAGGCAUUGUCCAUGCCGAGAUGCCGGUGAAUCUCGAUAACCAAACGGUCAAAGGUAUUCAAUUAUGGGUUGAUUUACCUCAAGACCUUAAGGAUAUUGAUCCUGAAUACCGCGAUCUCAGAGCCUGGGAAUACCCUACUGCCACCAGUGAAGACGGUCAAAUACAGGUUAAAAUCAUCAGUGGUCGAGCUUUGGGCAUCGAGCACCGUCGUCCGUUAGUGAAAAUACCACUUGAUUAUUACCAUUAUACCGUACAACCUCAGGCGAAGUUCUCUCAAGAAGUUGACCCUGAGUGGAGUUACUUCUUAUACAAUUUCAGUGAUGGCACCAUUGAUAUUGAAUCACAGACGAUAAAGCCUCACACCAACGUAUUUUUUAACGAUGGUGGCGACGUCAUUGAGGGUACUAAUAACGGUAACGAACCAGUGGAGUUUGUCUUAGUCGGUGGACCUAAAUUGAACCAGAAAGUGCUUCAUUACGGCACAUUUAUCGGCACUUCCAACGCUUAUAUUACUGAGAAAGUGGCUGACUUUGAAAACAAAGAUAACGCGUUUGCCCCGCUCCACCACUGGCGAAGUGCUUUCAGUGACGGGGUGCCCCCGCAAUUCAUCGCUGACCAAGUGGCUGCGCGCCAGCAGCGGAUGCCCGUCCUGCAGACAGCCGAGGCACGAUAA